UAUGUAGUAUGCAUGCAUUACUGUGCUGCAUACAUACAUAUGUUUACUUGAGUAUUUUGGUGAUUUUCAGAAUAAAUGUCAAAAUAUUUGUAUUUUCACUGAAUUAUUCGAUAGUUGUAGCUGGACUUGUGAUUCUUUUGACAUUAUUUUCAAUAUUGUACAAUGAAACUCGAACAUCGACGUUAAACACAACAAAAAUUUUCUGAAAUCAGCAGAGACAUCAAAGCAGAGACGUGAUCGGUAUCGAGAUUUAGUUGCUAACCUCGCUAUAUUCUUAAUAAAACGACUCAUCCGAACAUAAUACAAAAUGGCUUUGCCAACUAAUUACAAACAAGUUGCAAUGGCUACUUCAAAUAUUGUAGCGUCGAACCAACGUAUAAGAGCUUCUGGUGGGAGUUCAAGUAGUUCAACAAAUAGUAAAGAUACACAGAAUCCAUUUAUACAAACUCCCCAUAGCCAUCCAGGUUUUACACCUCAGAAAGUUGGGAAAAAUACUAAUGCUGACUCUCGUAUGCCAAAACCACCUAAACCACCAGAGAAGCCUCUUAUGCCAUAUAUGAGAUAUAGCAGAAAAGUAUGGGAUCAGGUAAAAGCUCAGAAUCCAGAAUUAAAGUUAUGGGAGAUAGGAAAGAUCAUUGGGCAAAUGUGGAGAGAUUUGCCAGAAGAAGAUAAGACGGAGUUUAUUGAGGAAUAUGAGGCUGAGAAGGUGGAAUAUGAAAAAAGUUUAAAAACCUAUCACAAUUCACCUGCAUAUUUAGCUUACAUAGCAGCCAAGAAUCGAGGAAAAUCUGCAUUAUGUGCAGCACAACAAAACAAUGAUGAUCGAGAAAGUCAUGAACGUUCAUCCGGCAGCAGUAAGAGUCAAGCCGCUCAAGACAGAAGAAUUGAUAUUUUACCAGCUGAAGAUGAUGAUGAUCAAGAUGAUGGAUAUUCUGUGAAACAUGUAGCAUAUUCGCGUUACACGAGAAACCAUCGACUGAUUAAUGAAAUCUUUAGCGACACCGUUGUUCCAGAUGUACGUUCUGUAGUUACAACUCAAAGAAUGCAGGUUUUACGCCGUCAAGUACAAUCUUUAACGAUGCAUCAGAAAAAGCUUGAAGCAGAAUUGCAACAAAUUGAGGAAAAAUUCGAAGCAAAGAAACGCAAAUUCAUAGAAACUAGCGAAAUAUUCCAAGAAGAAUUAAAGAAGCACUGUAAACCAGCAGUUGAUGAGGAGACAUUUAACAAAAUGGUGGAACGGCAAUACGAAGCUCUCAGACGAGAAAGAUUAAAAGGAAUAGAGGAGAAUCGUUCGGACGGACCAGCGUCUAGCGAAUCUACUCCGAAUUCCACUCCAACCCCAACUCCUGCAUCGCUUAAUGACGAAACUCAACCUGAUGUUUCUGACAACGACUCGAUCGAGAAAAAAUCUGGUGGUACUGAUAAAUCCAAUGUUGAAAUGAACAAGAAGAUGUCGCCUCCGUAUAACGAGAGCAAACCAGAGCCACCAUCAGCUAUACACGCAAACAUCAAUCAGCAACAGCAUCCUCCUGGAAUGUACUGCAACAACAUGGUGAAUCCGAUUCAACAACAUCCGCAUCAGCAACAGACGCAAACAUCUCAACAUCCUCCACCUACGCCGCCGCAGCAUCAACCUUCGCAACCACCUCAGCAAUCACCGCAUCAGCCACCUCCGCCGGCGCAGCAGCAUCAACUGCCGCCUCCUCAACAGCAUCAGCCACCGCCACCGCAGCAUCAGGCGCCACCACAACCGCCGUCUCAACAGCAGCAGCAGCAGCAGCAGCAGCAACAACAACAACAACAACAACAACAACAACAGCAGCAGCAGCAGCAGCAGCAGCAGCAACAACAACAACANCAACAACAACAACAACAACCAACACAGGUACUACCGCCGCAACAACAACAACCAACUACGACAUCCGCCGCUGCGGCUGCAGUCGCAGCAGUAGUCGCGAGCGCAAAUGCGACCGCGAAUUCUACACCGCCGCCGCCACCACCGCCGUCAAGUGGUAUGCCACUCGUAUCCGCAUCGGUGCUGCCGAUUCAACAGCAUAAUCCUCAUCAGCAAGGAAUGUUACCGAAUCAUUCGAUGCCGCCGCAUCAGGCAGCGACAGCACAAGGACCUUCUUCGGGUGCGCCGCAAGUAUUACCACCACAGGGACCAGUAACAAAUCCGCAUACACCGCAGAUGAUGCCACCUAAUCAAGCGUAUGGUCAGCAAUAUCAGUCCGCGCCUGGUCCGCAGCAGCCUCAGAACGUGCCACUUGCUCCACGACCGCCACAUCCCACUUACAGUUAUUCUCAGCAACAACCGUAUCAUCAACCUUAUCAGUAUGCUCAUCCGUACUAUCAUCAGCCGUAUUCUCAGUAUCCGCCUCAUCCAAUGGGUCGUCCUCAUGGUCACGGUCCUCACAGUCCUCACAGUCCUCAUUAUCAUCCUCAAUCACCCCAUACAGUCCCUCCUGAGAGUAGCAACGCCAAUGCUAAUGUUCCUAGCGGUUCAGCGGCAGCGGCAGCAGCAGCAGCAGCUGCCGCUGCUGCUGCUGCUUCUGCAGCGGCUCCUGAAGCUAACAAUCCUGCUUCCUACUCUUCACCCGCAGGACAUUGCGAGAACGAACGCUCCGGUCCUACAGAGAAUCAAGAGGGUCAAGUAGACGCUAAGUCGGGACCAGCUUAAGUUUCAUCUGAUGAUUU